CUCCCUAUUGGGGCUGCGCCUUCGGGUGUCGGGGCGGGGUGGGUUGUACUUACCUUUGCUUUCUAUCAGCAGGAGACACACAACAGUCUGCAGUGAUUACCUCGCCGAUAAACUGGAGACAGCAGCAGGAAGGGCGGGGCUAAGCUUCAUUGCAGACCCAGUCCUGAUUGGUCUACUGACUGAGCCUACCCAGUGCUGCCUGCCGUUCCCUCCCGCGGGAGAGAACGGGCGUAUCAGACAUUCUGCUCACAAGAAAAGGAAGAACAGAAGAUACCACUUAAGUCUUGCUGAGGAAAUUACAGGAACCAAGAAGAUCCUCUCUGCCUGAAUUAAAAGACAGUAUUGAAUCUCUGCUUGUUUUGCUUAUAAAAAGUGAAGCUGCCUGUACCAAUAUUCCAGGAAGAAAAUGACAGAGGAAUAACAAGCUUUUUGGUUGCUAGUUUUUUUUUUCUUACUUCAUUUUGCCUGCUUAUUAGUCUACAGAAAUUACAAUAGAACAUAAGGUUAUUUUUCCGGUUUUUAGUAUUUUUGAAUAUGUUUUACACUCUGAAUAAACUUUUUACACUAGAUAUAGGACUUCAUUAUGAUCAUUCUUGGAAAAACUAUUUUUUUUUUUUAGUUUGCCUCCCAUUUUUUUCAGAUACAAAGAUGUUUUCCUGUCAUAGCUUAUUACCGUAACAAUAUUGCAGUAUUAUUUCUGGAUUUAAAAGAAAUACGGCGUUCAUGUCACUUCAUGAGAUACCACUGAGGAAUGUGGAGGAAGUUUUAUAUUUUAGCAUUGUGUAACUUAGUUUUGAUUUUGAAUCUUUAAGCCACAGACACACCUAUAGAACCAGUUUUAUAUUGCAUAUCCAAAUGUGAAAGAUGUCUUGGAAGAGAAAUUAUUUUUCUGUGGGACAGGGUGGUGUGCAAGACAUGUUUACUCCACGAAAUACAACAUCUAUAGCACCAAGUAAAGGUCUCAGCAAUGAGCCAGGACAAAAUAGCUGCUUCCUGAAUAGUGCAUUACAGGUACUCUGGCAUCUUGAUAUUUUUCGACGCAGUUUUCGACAACUUACAACACACAAAUGCAUGGGAGAUUCCUGUAUAUUUUGUGCCCUCAAAGGUAUCUUUAACCAGUUCCAGUGCAGCAAUGACAAAGUGUUACCUUCUGAUGCUCUUCGUAGUGCUCUUGCAAAGACCUUUCAAGAUGAGCAGCGUUUCCAGCUGGGCAUUAUGGAUGAUGCUGCAGAAUGCUUUGAGAACCUCUUAAUGAGGAUUCAUUUCCACAUUGCAGAUGAAUCUAAAGAAGAUAUCUGCACUGCCCCACAUUGUAUUUCACAUCAGAAAUUUGCAAUGACCUUGUUUGAACAGUGUGUCUGUACCAGUUGUGGUGCUACUUCUGAUCCAUUGCCCUUCAUCCAGAUGGUGCAUUAUAUCUCAACUACUUCACUCUGCAAUCAGGCCAUUUGCAUGCUGGAAAGACGAGACAAACCGACACCUGAUAUGUUUGGAGAGCUGCUACAAAAUGCCAGCACAAUGGGAGACAUGAGAAACUGUCCGAGCAAUUGCGGAGAAAAAAUUCGGAUACGCCGAGUAUUGAUGAACUCUCCACAGAUCAUCACCAUCGGACUGGUCUGGGACUCGGAUCACUCAGAUUUGGCAGAGGAUGUCAUUCAUAGCCUGGGCACUUGCCUUAAACUGGGUGAUCUGUUCUUCAGAGUAACUGACGACAGAGCAAAACAAUGUGAAUUGUAUUUGGUUGGAAUGAUCUGCUACUAUGGAAAACAUUACUCCACCUUUUUCUUUCAAACAAAGAUUCGUAUGUGGAUGUAUUUUGAUGAUGCCCAUGUUAAAGAGAUAGGCCCUAAAUGGAAAGAUGUUGUUACUAAGUGCAUUAAGGGUCAUUACCAACCCUUGCUACUCCUUUAUGCAGACCCAAGAGGAACUCCAGUAUCAACCCAGAAUCUAUCCACACAGGAUUUACCACAGUAUAGCAGAACCUAUUAUGAUAGUGAAGAUUCAGGACGUGAACCUUCUAUCUCAAGUGACACUAGAACAGAUUCUUCUACAGACAGCUAUCUACAUAAACAUUCCCACCAUGAAUCUAUGGUCAGUCAUUUUUCUUCUGAUUCUCAAGGAACUAUCAUUUAUAAUGUGGAAAAUGAUAUGGUUUCGCAAAGCAGCAGGGACACAGGUCACCUGACUGAUAGCGAAUGCAAUCAGAGACAUACUUCCAAAAAGAGUUCUCAGGCAGACCGUAAGAGAAAUAACAACAGGUCUAGAAAGAAGGGGGAUGAAGCACAGCCUUCUGGAUAUCACAGUGAAGGAGAGACACUGAAGGAGAAACAGGUCCCCAGAACUGCCUCUAAAAUGUUGAAUGGUACCAGCAAACUAAGGGAAUUUAAAGAGACAGUUAGCAACAUGAUCCACAACAGGCCUUCACAGACACAUCAGGGCUCCCCUCAUGGGAAGAAUCAGACUGAAAUCCAGUCACUACCCAGAACUUUGACCAUUCAGUCUCAAGACUGGGAAAUAGAGAGCAACAGUAGUGAAUCAAAGUCAAGUUCUUCUAGCAAAUACCGCCCACCUUGGAGACCCAAACGAGAGCCGCUAAAUAUAGACAGCAUCUUCAGUAAAGAAAAGAGAAAACAAAGUGGCUACACCCAACUCAGCCCCUUCGCAGAAGAUGCAGCCAAAGAAUUUAUAGAAGAUGAGCUGAAGGAGCCAGCAUGUGAAACAAGAUCAAGGCGGUCCAACAGGUAUAAGCACUGGACUUUAGGGCGUGGUGCACAUCACAGGAUGGAUCAGCAUCCUCGUCUGAUUCAAAGGAUGGAAUCUGGGUAUGAAAGCAGUGAUCGCAAUAGCAACAGUCCAGUCAGUCUGGAUAUGCCUUUGUCAGAGAGCUCAAAUACCUCUAGGGAUUAUCUUAUCAAACGAACUGGAGAUGUUAUUCCUGCCUGGCAUAAUAUUCCAAAAUCACAUAGCAGUAGCAUCUUGGAAGUAGAGUCUGCCUCAUCUAUAACCUGCAGGACAAAAAAUAAAUACUCCUUUGGUCAUGGUGGGGAGAUACUUGUUUCUUCCAAGAGUGAACUAGAUGAAUUACAAGAAGAAGUAGCAAGAAGGGUCCAGGAGCAAGAUUUCCAGAGGAAGCAGGAAAAGGAACUAGAGGCAGCCUUGGGCUUUAAUCCCCACCCAAGCAGAUUUAUGGAUCUGGAUGAACUGCAGAAUCAAGGGAGGACUGGUGGCUUUGAGAGGCCUAUGCAAGAGGCAGAUUCAAUCUUUCAAGAGUCACUGCAUCAAGAGCAGAAGGGAGAUUGUGCUGCAGCUUUGGCUCUCUGCAAUGAAGCUAUAUCUAAACUAAGACUUGCCAUGCAUGAUGCCAGCUCUAGCACUCAGAGCAGAGCCCUAAUCGAUAAGAAGCUGCAAAUCUAUGUCCGAAAAGAGCGGAGCCUUCAGGAUCGCAUGCAGCAGCAACAACCUGUACAACCGCCACCUACCUGCCACCCACCACCGGGCGGCAACAUGACCCAAUCUACAAGUAAACAGACUAUCCCACUCCAAGUACUGCUGAAACAGAAGAGUGUGCUGGAACCCAGCAAAGAAGCAGCACCUGGGUCAAGAGCCUACGUCCAUCCACUUGCUUCCCAUCCUGAAAAGAAAUCAUCAUAUUCCAAGCCCAUAUUUCAACCCCUUCUUGAGAACAGCCUGCACUUUCAAGCUGUGUCUGUUACUUUCAGUGAUGAAGCUACUACUUUUCCUUUUAGACAACCUGGUAGCGAUCAAUCCAUUCAGACUAAGAAUAAAAUCAAUGGUGAUGUGAAACUUGCUUCUCCUAGCACUUUAAAGGAUUACGAAGAUCACAACAGUAACAUUAAGGUCAAGAACCUACAUAAUGCAGCAUCUCCUCUCAUCCCCUACUGCAAAAUGAAUUUAACUAUAACAAACUCUGAAUCAUUACCUACACUCUUCCCCUCUUCACCAGCAUCGGAAAUUCCACUUGGCAAAAAAGGCCUACAUAAUCCGCUCUUCAAUUCAGGAAGCAUUUCAGAAUGGCCUAGUGCUGCUCCACCUAGGGAUUAUCAUGGUGCAAUACUGCCUUCUCUUCCCUCUCUUCUUCAUUGUGCUCCAGAAGAAUUGCAGACAACUGGGCAACUUGAGGUAAACAGUCAUGAGAGUUUACAUCAUCCACAAGAACUUGUUAGUGGGGAUUCUUUGAAAUCCGAAGGUGUAAGUAGCAAAAGGCAUGUUCUUUCCAUUGCAGAACAGCUUCAGUGGUUGGAGGGAAAUUUCCAAAGACUAGAUACUUAUGAGGAAAAAAGGAAGGCAGCUACCUGUCAUGAUCAAAAUACUCCAAAGUUACAGCAAGAAUCCUACAGUAGUCAUUUUUACCUCGAGCGGUCAGAUGUUGGAAGACAGGAGAAUGGAAUGGCACCUGCUGAAACGUCGGACUCAAGUCUUUCUAAAAUUGAGUUGAGUUCUGAAGAUUGUUUUAAUGCUUCCAACAUCAUUUCUGAAAGUUCUGAUUCACAUAUAAAAGUUCUCUGCAACAAAGGGAAACAAUGUACCUUGAGUCCCAAGUUAUAUCCAGGAAAAUGCAGCUGUGAGGAAAAAACAAAAUAUACCAAUUACAGAAAUUCUGCUGGCUUGAUUGCAUCUGUGCCUGGAGAGAGCUGCACAGACCAUCUUAACAAUUUUAGCACAGCAGUAAUUCAGCAUAAGAAUGCCAGUUGGCUUUUGAUACCUGGAAACAAAUCACCUGUGAUCAGUCAAAGAGCUCUUGGGGACUACCCAGUGCAGAAUCAGGAAACAGUGCAGGAGGUUUCUGAGCUGGAAUCUCUGUACCAGGCCAGCAUGCAAGUACCUCUAUUGGGAAACCUGGACAAUCCCAAACUGGCACUGAACAAAACAGCAAACUUGCCUACAAAAAAACCAUGUAGGGGUCUGUCAAGAACAGCAGAACCUGAAAACAACAUCUGUGGAAAUAUUGGUUCGCCAGAUCCUAAAACACAUUUGCCAUAUACUGGCCAGGAGCCAGAGGAGGAAACCUAUAGUGCAGAGAACUUCCGUCGCAUUGCACGCAGUCUCAGUGGGACAGCCAUCACAAGCAGAGAAGAGAAACUUGCUUCUUCUCAGAAUUUUGAAAUGUCCAGCGAGAGGAAACUGUCAGUGGAACCCAGGUCCUAUUCUUCCAGUACUACUUCCCUUUCCUUCCCUCCCAAUUUGCCUCCUGUGCUCCCCUUCUAUCCUCAGCACUCUUCAUCUGAACUGCAGCACUUCUCCCAUGAUGCUCCAGCGACUAGUAUGGUGGGCAAGAUGCAUAGACAAUCAGGAAAUCGAAAGAAUAUCCAAUAUCCAUGUCUAACUGUGCCAGACAGGAAUGCAGCUUUCCACAUAGAAGAUAAAUCAUGUGUGCCACUGAAUUAUGGGAACACCAUUUUCAAGCAGGACCGGUCCUCUCAAGGGCAAACAUCUUUUAAUAUAUUUUUAGACAGUGGAACAUCAAAUGCUUCCAACCUACAGAGGCUACAGAGAAGUCAUGCUGGCCAAGAGCUAGCAGCAGCAUCAGAUAGCGAAGCAGCGCAUGGGGAAUCUCCCACCCAGAUGAGCGAGGACUCACAAGAGCCUCUGCCCCAAUGGCCGCUCCCUCAGGGACAGGAAAAGGCUGGUGCUCUUGGCUGGAGGCAGUCUCCUGGCAGGGAUUGUGGGACAGUCUCACAUGGGACUGCCAGACACAAAGGCUGUCAGAGUGGCUUUCUGAUUUCCCAGCAAGCCAAGGUCCGAGGCCCAAAGCGUGUCGAUAUGCCCCCAGAUGAAGACUGGCGACAGCACACCUUUGCUCCACAGCCUGCCACAAGAAGCUUCUUCAUCCACUCUGGAAAUGCCCUGUAAAACCCUGGCUUGUGCAGCAGUUACCUCCAUGCACAGCCAUGACAGAAAGAUGGGACCCUCUGUUGGGCUGUUUCUUUUGAAAGAGGCUCUUGUCUAAACUGAAAUGCAAUUGAUAAUAAGAUAGCAAGAUUUUUUUUCAACCAGUUGCUGCCAGUUUUGUCUUUGAAAUAGUUAUAUCAUUGCCGAAAACUAACUGCACUUUAUUUCUUUGUAUGUACUGCUGUUUUAUAAGAACCUUGUCAGCAAUUCCAUUCCUAACCUUUUGCUAGAAGAAAUGGUUUAAGGCUCAUUUGCAGUAGAAGAGAGGGCAAGAUAUGCAUUUGGACUAAAAUUAAAUCCUCUGAUGUUUUCUAUAGGCUGUAUUUGGUGAAUUUAUGUAUCAUGUUAAGUAGCACUAAGAAGCCUCUGUGCCAACUGUCAAUUCAGUGUUAUGUUCUUCUGCUCCAUUAUAUGCUGGGGGGAAGAUUUCAGACCUUUCUACAGAAUUGGUCAUGUUCAUAGGCACAGAUAACUCCGAUGGGGGCUAGGGAGGGAGUGGUAAGAAGAUGGCACCAGCCCAUUUCCCAUUUUUUUCAAAGUAGACUACUAGGAUUUGAAGUAGCAUGUUUAAUAAACACAGAAUCACUGUAACUAUUUUAGGCUCUGACAUACUUGCCUUUGUAAUUUUUUUCAAAGAAAUAAAUGAAAUAGUUAUGUUUA